AGAAGGGGAGAGGUAGCGACGAACGAACGAAGCGCAGUGCAAGGCAAGGCAAGGCAAGGGAAGGCAAGGCAGGACAGAGGGAAGGAAAGGCAAGGCAAGGGCGGGAGGUAGGCGUCCAUAGAAACCGUGCCGAGGUCACUGACGAGCAGAGCGGUAGGCUCACCCCACUCGCUCCCGUUGUUGAGUGGUGGUGCGUGUGUAUGCUCAUCGUCGUCCUUCUACUUCGUUGCUCUCAUUAGCCCGGUUCCGUCAGGCUUUGCUGCCAGCUCUCUGCCCGUUUGUCUUUUUGGUCUCUCUCGUUGGGGCUCGAAGCACCAGAGAAGGGUGGAGUUGGUCUGGAUUUUCGGUCGGAGUUUGUUUCAUCGCUGCUAUCAUCUUGUUGCCUCUUAGCUCUCCGGCGUCUGUUCCUUCGUUUGCCGUGCUGCUGUACGACGCACCCAUCACAGUGGCAAGUGAAGCGUGGGAGCAAGCGCCGGCGUAAGUAGACAGUGAAGCGAGCGAGCGAGCGAGCAAGUGCCGGCGCCAGUUGCCAGCUUGAAGGCAGUGUUCGCGCGCAUCUGUCAAACUGUAUUCGCAAGGGAUACUCGGCGGUGGUUCGUCCACCAUGAGCCGUUACGACAGUCGGUAUCUGGACUCCACGUCAUAUCGCGAUCGAAAGAGUGAUUUUGGAGGCGGAGGGCUGUACGGAUCAUGGGGUGGUGCCGUGUCCCAUGUGGGACUAGCUGGUGCAGGGGGCGGUGGGUACCUUGGAGGCGGAGCGGCGGCAGGAGGGGUGCCUUACAACAUGGGGGGGCCUACGCACCUUGGAGCCGUUGGGGGGGCCUAUCCUGCACCUCGAGGCCCUGAAUGGGACGCGGAUCAGGGGGGGGGGGGGGGGGGGGGGGGGGGUGGAAGCAGUAACUACUCGAACAACAGCAGUGCGAAGAGGGAACUGGGCUCAAUCUCCUUACCUAAGGAGCAGUUUGAUAAUCUCCCAGCCUUUGAGAAAAAUUUCUACGUGGAGCAUCCAAGUGUCACGGCAUUGACGGAUCUGGACGUGGCAGAGUAUAGGAGGAGGAGGGAUAUAUCAGUGGAGGGCACGGGGGUUCCCAAACCAAUACGCACGUUUGACGAAGCCUCGUUCCCAGAUUAUGUUCUUCACGAGGUUUUGAAGGCAGGGUUCAAAGAGCCGACUGCCAUUCAGUCUCAAGGGUGGCCGAUGGCUCUUAAGGGAAGGGAUCUCGUUGGUCUGGCGGAGACGGGGUCUGGAAAGACACUCGCAUAUCUGCUUCCUGCCAUAGUGCAUGUCAAUGCGCAGCCAUAUCUAGCACCUGGUGAUGGGCCUAUUGUGCUCGUGUUAGCACCAACGCGAGAGCUUGCUGUCCAGAUUCAGCAGGAGGCAAAUAAGUUUGGAACAUCGUCACGGAUAAAGUCGACGUGUGUCUAUGGUGGUGCACCAAAAGGCCCACAAAUCAGAGACCUUCAGAAAGGUGUUGAGGUUGUGAUUGCCACACCAGGGAGGCUCAUCGAUAUGCUAGAGUCUCGGGUGACAAACCUGAGAAGAGUUACGUAUCUUGUUCUCGAUGAAGCAGACAGAAUGUUAGACAUGGGUUUUGAGCCUCAGAUUCGCAAGAUUGUGAACCAGAUUCGACCCGACAGGCAAACUCUGUACUGGAGUGCAACUUGGCCCAGGGAGGUUGAAGUCCUUGCAAGGCAGUUCCUGAAUAACCCGUACAAGGUUAUCAUUGGCUCUCACAAUUUGAAGGCCAAUCACAUGAUAGAUCAAGUUGUGGAGAUUGUGUCUGAACAUGAGAAGUACCCAAAGCUGGUAAAGCUUCUAGAGCAGAUUAUGGAUGGGGGUCGCAUUCUGAUCUUCAUGGAAACGAAACGAGGCUGCGAUCAAGUCACAAGGCAGCUGCGCAUGGAUGGUUGGCCAGCCCUUUCUAUUCACGGAGACAAAAGCCAGGCAGAACGUGAUUGGGUGCUGUCGGAGUUCAAAGCCGGCAAGAGCCCAAUUAUGACAGCUACGGAUGUUGCUGCGCGUGGUCUCGAUGUGAAGGACAUCAAAGUGGUAGUCAACUAUGACUUUCCCGGAACGUGCGAGGAUUAUGUCCAUCGUAUUGGUAGGACUGGACGUGCAGGAGCAAGAGGCACAUCGUACACCUUUUUCACAAGUGGAAAUGCAAAGCAUGCCAAGGAGCUCAUUGGAAUUCUACAGGAGGCUGGGCAGAAGGUGAAUCCGCAGCUUAUGAGCAUGGCAAGCAUGAACAGAGGUGGUGGUGGAGGUUUCCGAGACCGGGGCCGCGGUUUUGGAGGGCGAGGAUAUGGUGGUGGGUUCAUGCAGACAGGGUCGAAUGCCUUGCCGCUUGGUGGCCCUCGGCGGUACUGAGAGCGACUGCUGUUACGACGGGCUCGACUUCUCUCUACCGAGAGUGGGUGGAAUCGGUGCACAAGAGAGGAGCAGGGAAAGGGAUGCAGGUGGAUGGGUUUUCGGGUCCUUGUUUGCUAUAGGACAGCAGUAGCGUUUCUCAUCCAUUUUUGAUGUAGUUUCCACAAUAAGCGAUUUUAGGCGUAGAAAUCAGUUUUCCUUCCUUUGGCCUUUCUUUUCCCUUUCACGCCUUUUCUUAAACGUCCUCCCCCCCCCUUCCCCCUUCCCAACCCUGUCCCCACCCCUUCCUAUCUAGACACCUACAAUAGGUUUACCAGGACACUAGCGUUCACUGAGCGAGCCUUUUGUCCCUCUCACCGCCUCUCCUAGUUAAUACGCAAUUCGGCCUCCAUUGUCCCUCUAGCUUUUAUGUUGACGUCAUGUUGUGGAACACCUUCGGAAGUUAGCUCGUAAGGUGUGCUUUGGGUACAAAGCAUCGGGUCUUUUUAUGUUGACGUCAUGUUGUUUGUAUACUAUUGGUCAACCAUUUGUUGAGGGAAGCAACAUUUAAUGUCUGUGCAGUUCACCUUGGUGCGUUUGGCUCGUCCUGGAGUUGCUGUCCUUUUCCUGCUCUUGUCCAGCACCCAGCACGUGCUUCUGACAUGGUGUCUUGGGGGGAGGCGACUUUAUGAAGGGGUCCUUGACUGCAUGGACUGGUAAUGUGUAGCGCGUGCACUGAGGCAAGUCCUUUCGGUCAUCAUUGUGUGUUGUUCGAGUUUUUUUUCUCUUUGCUAUGCUUCCCUAUCUGGAAUAUCAUCGGCUGUCCGCUUUCUGUUUUGUUGUUUCUCCGAGGUUGUCUUUCUGUGUAGUGCAGCAUUUCCGGAAAAAAGGAGAAGCUAGAAAUGCAGAUAGACGGAGAUUGCUGUAAUGAGGAUGGUUUUCGAAAUGGAGCUGUCUCGCCCGAAAGCUGUCCGCUUUCUUUUUUGUUGUUUCUCCGAGGUUGUCUUUCUGUGUGUAGUGCAGCAUUUCCGGAAAAAAGGAGAAGCUAGAAAUGCAGAUAGACGGAGAUUGCUGCAAUGAGGAUGGUUUUCGAAAUGGAGCUGUCUCGCCCGAAAGCGUAAUGAACUUGCGAUGAUUGC